AUGUCUGGACAACAGGGACGCAAGAUCGCCAUUGUCGGUGCCAGCGGCAACGUUGGCGGCGGCACCCUCAAGGCUCUCCUCGCCAAGGGCAUCCACACUAUUACCGCGGUCACCCGCACCGAAUCAACUGCCACGUUCCCCGAGGGUGUGAUCGUGAAGAAGGGAAGCUACGAAGACGAGUCCUUCCUCGUCUCCGCAUUCCAAGGCCAGGAUGUCGUCCAGCUCGCCCUCGGCUUCUCCAGCUACGCAACAGGCCAAGAGCCUCUGAUUCGCGCCGCCGCCAAGGCCGGUGUGAAGUGGAUCCUGCCCACCGAGUACGGCUCCGCCCCGGACCCUUCUAAGCUUCUUGAUUCCAGCCCUAUUCUCCAGGGCAAGAUCCAGAUCCGCAAGCUGAUUGAGGAGCUCGGCUCCAGCUGGAUCGCUAUUGUCAACAACCCCUGGUACGAUUGGUCCAUGGUCGCAGGUUUCUGGGGCAUCGACAUUAAGAACCGCACCGCCAAGCUGUACGACGGUGGAAAGACCAAGUUUAUCACGACCAACAUUGGCGUCACCGGUAAGGGUACCGCUGGUGUUCUGAGCCUGCCCGACGCCGAGCUUGAGAAGUACCGCAACAAGCCUUUCUAUCUUAAGUCUUUCUACAUCAGCCAGCGCGACAUGCUCGACAGCAUUCAGCGUGCUACUGGUACCACGGACAAGGACUGGAAGAUUGAGGAGCCUGACGCUGCCACUGUUGUUGCCCAGGCUGAGGAGGCUGCUAAGAAGGGUGACCACGUCGCUGGUCUGAUUUCCUUCUAUGUUAACCAUAUGAGAGCUGGCUGGGGAGGUGACUACAAUGACAAGGUCACUGACCUGACCAAGAUUGGUCUUGAAGCCGAGGAUCUCGACGAGACCACCAAGAGAGUUGUCAAGGAGGUCGAGGGACAGUAG